AUGAAUGAAUUGGAAAAUGAAUUUUUGACUUAAUGUAAUAUAGAGAGUUCAGCAUUUUCGCAUUCUUAUAUUGAACAAAUAUAUAAUGAAGUGCAUUUCAACAAUAUUGCCAAGAGAGAUCAAAUUGCAAGAUUAAGAAAAGAAGAAAUUUAAUAUCAGAUUAAGUAGGAGAAAUAGCAAUUGCAUGUUGAAGAGAUCGAGAAGGCUGUGGAACAGAAAUAGUAUUUGGAAAUAGAUUUCGAUAGAACUCUCUACUCUAUAUUGUUGAGACAGAAGUACAUUAAUGAUUUGGAGGAGCAACUGAGAUUGAUCAACAGUUUCUAUCAAGAUUUGCCUAUUGAGCAUAGGGAAAGUCAAUAGAACAAGAAAUUAAGUUACUUAAGUUAUACCAAAUAUAAACUAAGCUAUGAUGAAUACAUUAAGUAAUUGGAAAAUAAAAGAGUUGAAGUAUUAGAUAAUUUGGAGAAGGUCAAAAAUGAAACACAGCAGACUCAACAGAACUAUUAUAGUUUAUUGCAAAAAAUAAAAUAAGCUUAAUAAACAUUAGCUGAAUAAGAAAAAACUAUACAAUAAUUGAAUGAUUAGAAUGAGACCAACAUUUUUAAAUUGCAUGAGUAAAGAAAAGUAGUGAUAGAUUUGCAGGUGUUAUAAAAAUUAGAAAGAAUGUAUUUGACUUUUGAAGAAGAAAUCAACGAAAAUUUUGUAACUGAGGAUAUCAAUAAGGUAGAUUGUAAUAAAGAGAUAUCUGAUUUCAUGCAUACUCAUCCUUUUGGAGUUCCAUUCUUGGUUGAGAAUCUCAUACAGCAAUACAGAAAAUAUCAAGUUCAAAUUGACAGUGAGUCUUCAAUAGGCUUGGGUUUGAUGGAAGAGAAGCAAGAAUUACAAUAAGAAUUAAAAGAAUUAAAGGAAUUGUGUGAAAGAUUCUACGUUUAUGAUGAGGAGGAGGAGUCUGAUUCACAAUUUCAAGAUGUCCAGAAAUUAAUGGGAUUCUUAACCAUGAAGCAAUCUCAAAAUAACUUUAAGUAGAAUCUAUUACAUAAAGCAGAGUCAUUCAUCAUUAAAGUAUUUGGAAAUCUCUACAAUGCCAUUAAGAGAUUCAAUGAUAUCUUUUAGGCAAUCCAUUAGAAGAGAAUGGCAAUUGAUUUGAAAUCUUCUUAGAUUGAUAGCAAAAUCAAAAAUUUCUGUGCAAAUACCUAUAUCGGACAUUAUUCACUAUCCUUAUAUUAAUUCAUAAAUAACCCGCUAACUUCUACUCAACCAGAUCUAUAUCAUUAAAUUUAAAAUAGUAUCAUUCUAAAAUUGUAUGUAAAUGAAGAUGCUUUGAAUUAAUUUUUAUAAGCUGGAUCUACUUUCAUCAAACUUUACUUAAAAGCCUCAGAUUAUUACUCCAAUUAAAUUCACACUAUGAUUGAAUUAAUACAUUCAAUAACUUAAAUACCCAAAAGAUCUAAAUUUUCUUUUAAUGAUUCCCCUUUAUUUUAAUAAAACUACAAAAGCAAAUUGAGCAUUGAAUUUUCUCAAAAAAAGAUAUCGUUGAGAACUGACAUUGAAUCAAGGGCCUAAGUUUAAGUGAAUUUUAAGACUAAAACAACCAAACGCAAUUCCUUUACUAGUACAAUAGGAAGCACAAGAAGAAUACAAUAGGAUGUCAAUGAAGAAAACUAUUUAGAAUCUGAGAGAUAAAAAAUAAUAAAUCCAAAAAGUAGUAUUUCGAAUACUACUAAAAUACCAUCCGAAUAAUAAAAAUAUUGUGAUAUUUUAAGUGGGAGAGGACAUGGAUUUGAAAAAAAAGUGAUUAUCCAAAAUUUUAAAUCAUUGAUCAAACUGAGAUAAAUUAAAAGAAAGUUUAAGACAAACCCAGUAACUCCAAAAAGCAUUAUUGGAUCAUCAUUAAUUUUUAAAUCAACUUAUAAAUGA